AUAAAAUUUUCUCCUGAUUGGAUGAUCCACAAAGCAAAUUAACCAGGGACAAAUUCUGCACACAAGGAACCAAAUCUUUGUCCUAGCCUCUGCUAAUAGGAACCAAUACAUUAUAGAGUCUCAAAUUUUGCACACAGAAAACCAAAUCACCUAAUACAUAACGAAGAUAACGAGCUCAUGCUAUUGGACAAUUGGAGAAUCUCCUGACAUUUAUUCCUACUGCAUAAGAUUGACCAAAUGCAAAAGGGAUGGAAGUGAGUCAUCUAAAAAUUAUUUCACUGAUAUUGACAUGAAGUAAACAAUAACAAAACCAGCGGCAGUCCUCUGCAGUUCAGACAAGACUUCUACGGUGGCAUCAUGUCGCAGAUCGGAGGCAGAUAAAGGGCACCGAUUAUAACACAACCGCAAUGAACCUUCGACAAUGAUUUCCGUUGAACACAGUACUGGAAUGAAUACAGAGUCGCCAUGAUUAGGAUCAGUGAUGACCGGCGCCACCACCAUCAUCACCUCCACUAUAAUUGUUAAGCUUCUUGAUGACCAUCACUCAGCGUUUUUCGACUUUUUUUGAAGCAAGCGUUUGAGAUUUUUGUUUAGCAGUUACAGAUUUGAUUUCUUUUAUUUGUUUUAGGGAAAUAACAUAGGACGUUUGAUUCAUCACACGGUCAUCUAAGACGACGCAAAAAACAACAGAUAAAUUCAAAAGAAUAUAGUUUCAUUGAAGUUAGGUUCUCAUUUCAGAUUUCCACUUAAGAGGAAAGAUCAAAAUGGACAAAGAAAUUCCUGAUGUACGAAUGUUGUCUCAACUAGUCAAUCCUAUUGUGCUAUAUGUUAUCACUAAUUAAUUAAUUAUUGGCCGUUCAAGCGAGAAGUUGUAUGUAAGACCACCCAUGGAUGACAGUAACCAAACUCCUCUUCUGCUUGGCUAAGCAAUUCUUGAAAUAAAGGCUCAUUCAAAAAUGAUACUGGAAUCAGGAACCUCUUCAUUUUCUCUCCAACAUAAACAGCAAUAUACUUGUUUGAUAGAUGAUUGACUUGCACUAAAUGAUGAUCUUCUAAUACCAGGUAAGCGGAAACCCAUUCUUGUUUUAUUUCUUCACAACAGAAUGAUCUCAAAGAAGUGGUAGAAAACAGAAAUGAGCUUGAAUUCUGAUGCUUCAAGGUAUGAAUGAUUUUUGUUGCUUCUAAACUCGAUGAUGAGUAUAUAUAUAGACUUUGAAAACCAAUUGUAUGGUGGAUGAGUUAUUCAAUGGGGUUUAGUAGGAGACAUUACUCACUAAUGAUCACAUGGCUUUGUUUUGGAGGUUCUCACUGAGGAUUAGGCUUGUGAAAGAGAAAUGUUUCAGACAAGCUCUAAACAUAACAGCUAUUAGAAGGACUUCAUUUACGGGUAGCCAAACAUCAUCAAAAUCUGUGAAUGUGCCAAAAGGGUGUCUUGCAGUGUAUGUUGGAGAGAAAAUGAAGCGGUUUGUGAUCCCUAUGUCUUACUUGAACCAACCAUCAUUUCAAGACUUGUUGAGUCGGGCGGAGGAAGAAUUUGGAUACGAUCAUCCAAUGGGUGGCCUCACAAUUCCUUGCACAGAAGAUGUUUUCUUUCAUAUUACUUCUCGCUUCAAUGAACUAUAAAUCUUACACUGAAAGAGAUUGACAUAGAUUAGCUAGGACAUUUUGUACAAUAGUCGGUCAUGGAAUUGUAAUUUUUUUCUUAUCCCUACCUUUGGGAAGGGUUAGAAUUGUCUAUCUGAAUGACAAAUUCACAAACAAAUCAUUUGUUGUUAUUUUUUCU